AUGGCAAGCUGCGCAAGGCGAAGGCGAAUAUCGGAGAUCGCCGUCGCAUGUGGCUGGCUUGCAUGGCCAUCAUGCUGGACACACAGGGCAUGGCAUCAAUUGCAUCCCAACCCACAACAAAAGCUGCGAUGUGACGGCAGGGGUCUGGGCAGUGCCCCGUGCAUGUUGCAUGCCUAUGGAAGUUGGAGCCAGGAAAGCUCGGAAGAUGUGCUCAAAGCCUUACAACGGGCACUGCAGGAGGAUACGGCCAGUGCAACCAGCAUGCUGCAGCGUCAGUUUCCAAAGGAGACACUCGAGGAUGACCAAUUUCGCUUUUUGAUGCAGAUUAGGGAGCGUACCAAGGAGGACAAGGAGUUCGAAUUGGCGGGGGUUCUUCUCGACCAUGCCAACCCGUAUUUGGAGAUUCGGGGCUUAUUCCUUGAGGACAUCCGGUCGGAUGACUCAAAGAAGUCAUACCGACUCGUGAAACAUCCCAAGGUAGUCGCUGCGGAAAAGGCAGCCGCGCUGGCUGAAGGUACUCAGGCACGCAGGAUCGCACGGGCAGCGUUGCAGAAGUCAGUAUUGGCGGAAUCUGUGGCUGCCGUGUCAGAGCUUUCGGCCGCCGCCUCGUCUGCGGUUUGGCAGCGAUUGCGCUCGGAAGCUGCUAGCAAAUGGCCAGCUCUACCAGGAAGACAGGCUGCAGACUUGGCGAUCGUGCUUGCAUUGGCAGGCUGCGCAGAUCAGAGCCUGUUUGAUGAGCUGGGCAGCAUCACGAAGAAGGAGAUCGAUCGAGUGGCCGGCAAAUCGGCCUUGAUCACGAUGCAGCAAAUUGUGGAGAAGUGUGCAGCUGCAGGGUAUCGGCAGUGCGACUAUCCACAACUUUUUCAUGCAGGGCUGUCAGCUUUACAGCGCUUAAACUGUCCCAACAGCUCCGGCCUCACCGAUCUCAAGAAAGGCGUGUACUCCUUACACUCUGAGCGCCCGCUCAGGUGGCUGUUUCGGCACGCGACUCGUCAAGGGCGCAAGAGCAUCCCACCCGUGGAGGCAGCGGACCUGUCUGAAUCUGUCAAAGAAUUAAACUCUGGAACGCAAAGCCUGGUCGUCGACUUGGGAUGCGGUUUCGGCGUUUCCAGUCUGGGGCUGGCGGUCUCCGGCUUCGGUGUUUUGGCCGUCGACGCUUCAGCGCACUGUGUCGGUUUCGCACGUUCGAUGGCGAAGCGUUGGAGACUCUCUCCUCGGAAGUUGGGUAUCGUUCACGCUGAUGCAGAGCAAGCACUUUUGACUGUGACCAAAGAGUACCUGGGCGACGUGUCGUGGGUGUUGAUCAACUUCCCGACGCCCUUCGCCAACCUGGAAUCAAACGGUACAGAUGCCUUCUCGAGCGGAAACAGUCACCUGCCAAGAAGCAUAAGCUCCGACGACUUCAUGGCAAACAAGCGGAUGAUUCGAGCUGCAAGAGAUUGCCUCUUGAAGCGGGGCGGAAGUGGAAUGCUCUUAGUACAGAGCAAUGUGGAGGACUUGGCCGUCAGCUUGCGGGAUCUGGCGGAAGCUGAUGGCUGGGAAGCUGUCGUGGACGGAUCUCUGGGGCCCGAGGUCAGCAAGGAUCACGCAUCCUGGCGUUCACGUCGACAACAACAACACGAGCUCCGAGGGGGUGGCAGAGCUCUGGGUCCUGGCUGGCUCGCAUCUUCUCCGCUGCCAAGGCAAUGA